AUGCUUUUUCGAUAAAAAGAUACCAUGAAACUUAUACCUUGCCGGAGAGGCCAUUCCACCAGUGAUAGGCUACCAGCUCACUUUUGGAGCGCUCUGUUGAAGGAAGCGAGGCUUGACAUGCCGCCGCUGCUGUUAGGAUAUGGAUUAACAUGACUGGAUAUUCAGUGUGGUGUUUAAUAACAAAAUCCUUUUUCUUUCUUUUUUCUUUUUAGAUAUAUCUUCAUGGUCUUUGAUUUUGUUGAUUUGCAUACUGAAUUGGCUAAUUAUAUGGCUUUCUGCUGAUAAUGCUUCCUCUUUCUUAAUUUGGCAGUUUGUGAAACUUGAAUAGGUGUAGAUAUGGAAGAUGUCCUAACAGAAAUACCCCCACCUUCAAGAUUCUUUCAGGAUGAUCUUAAUAACUUUUUAGCUCCGUCGCCAUCUAUUCCCUUGCCCUUCCUUGGGUUUUCUAGACCAAAGCCAAGUACACUCCUGCGCCCUUCUCUCCUCAUCAUUGCUUUAUCUUCUCCAUCUUUGUAUUUGUUCCACCACUUGCCCUCUAAGACCUUAAUUGGAAGUCUCAUCUUGCCUGAGACAUCUUUCACCGGUAUCUCUGUUGAACCAUCACUUGGAGACAAAUCUUUCAACAUCUAUAACCUCAAUGAUGCUGAAAAGUUUGUGCUCCUAGUGUCAGUUCAGUGUGAUGUUACUGCAGAAGAUCUCAUACUGUUGCAAGAAUGCUCAUUGGUGAAGAUAUAGUCCCCGAAAGGGUUUUGAUAUCGGACUCAGUUCAGAGCCGGAACUUUAGGGGCAAGCUAUCAGUGGACGAAACACUGGCCUUCAAGCUAGAGACAUCAGCAGAAAGGAGAGGAUUGGCUGAUGGCUCUAAAGGUUCACCACUUUUAAAUGGUUUAGACUAUUUUCCAUCAGGAAGUAUGAUUGAUGGCUUCCCUGCUGCUCUGUUGAGUCGUUGCCAAAUGAGGAACAUCAAAGGAACUCUGUGUGUCUCAUGGCCUGAAUUUGGAGGUUCUGUGGUGGCUCUAAUUAAAUCUCUACUGCAGAAGAGUGUGCUGCCAAGCUUGGACUUGAGCUUAAAGGGCGAGAGUGAGCAUCAAUAUGCAAAGUUUAUUGGAAUUAUGGAUCAUCUUUUCGACUCUGAUCUGUACACAUAAUGAACAAGGAAAUGCAGCGAGUGAUUAUCCUCCAUUGACACUGGAUUACUACAAGUCCACGUGCCCGACUGUGUUUGAGAUUGUCAGGAAAGAAAUGGAGUGUGCAGUGCUAUCUGAUCCGCGUAAUGCUGCCUUGGUGGUUAGGUUGCAUAUGCAUGACUGCUUUGUUCAGGGUUGCGAUGGGUCAGUUUUGCUUGAUGAUACAAUUGAUCUCCAAGGAGAGAAAAAGGCUUCAGAAAACAUUCACUCUCUCAAAGGUUUUAGACUCAUCGAUAGGAUCAAGAACAUGCUUGAAUCUGAGUGCCCUGGAAUUGUCUCCUGCGCUGAUAUCCUCACAAUUGCUGCAAGGGAUGCCGUGAUUCUAGUAAAUUAUGAAUUUUUUUUCCACUUUUCUUUUACAUUUUUGGUUUAGCUGUUAGGUGUAUCCUAACAAGUUUAUACAUGUAUAACCAUAGUAAGUUCAUUUCUCCAGUCCCAUCAAAUGGUUAAGGACAGGCUGUCUUUACCAGGA